AUGCCCUCUACCACCCCCGCUUCAGCGGCCUCCGGCCUCUCAAUCACAAGCCCCCGCCUGACGGUCCGCACCGCCAUCCCGUCAGAUGGUGAGGGCCUCGUAGCCUACUUCAGCAAUCCAGCCAAUUUUCCUUGGCCAGCGGAGACAGAUCUCACCCUCGAAAAGCUUCUCCCGCGGAUCGACAAAUGGGCCAAUGCUACGGCAGAGGGCAAGAGCGCUUUUAUGGUCAUUGUGCUGCGCGAGACGAACCAAGUCAUCGGCUUCGGCGGCUUCAAUAACCUGCCGCGGACAGAGCCCUUGGGCAACAAGCCAAUCUGGGAGAUCACGAAAGGGAGCGAGGAAGGCACAGUUUUGGUAGCUGAUGUUGGUAUUAGCAUUGAUCAUCAACACCAGCGGCAGGGUUACGCGAAGGAGGCAGUCUGUGCUGUUCUGGAGUACGGCUUUAGCGAGUUAGGAUGUGCGUAUGCACACCUUGAUACGCAGAAAUCGAAUGAGCCAUUGAAGGCACUGGUGGGCAGUUUGGGAAUCAAAGGGGUUGCAGGCGAUGAUAGCGAACCAUUGGAGGACGCAGCUUUCUGCUUCGCGUCGAAAGCGAUCAACUACGACCUGGACAAGGCAACCUGGGAUAGCUUGAGGGAGGAGUUGAAAAGUAAAGAUAAAUGGCCAUUGUGA